UUUUGUCUCCCGCAAACUUGCGGUUAAUAAAAUAAAGCACAAAAGAACAACAUACGUUGAUGGGGGCGUCGUCGCCGCUCUGUCGGCGUCUCUGUCGACGUCGCUGCCUUCGUGGGGCUUUGGUCGUUGACGUCGCGUCAGUUAAAAAGCGUCGCUUGGUGGAGCUAGCAAGCGAUUUUAUUUAUAUUUUUAGACUUAUUUUUUGUAAUUCGCUGUUUGUAAAUUGUAUUCGCGGUUUUUUCGCAUUUCUUCUGCGACUUUUGUCUCUCUCUAUCCCUCUCUCUGUGUCUUUCUGCGCGGUGCUCUUCUUCUUUUCGUUCGGCGUGGCUGUUUCUUCUUCUUUCGCCUCUCCCAUUUGUUGUUGACGUCGCGUUGUUGUGCAUUUAAUUCUUCAUUGUGGUCUUUUUUAGUCAUUUUUUUACAUAUUUUUUUUGUAGUUGUCGUUUUAAAUGUGAUAUAAUUAGUUAAGUAUUUAUUUAUAAAACACGCGACGCCGAGAAAAGCAAGAAAGCCCGAUAAAGGGACAUUGAGGAUUGCUAACGAAACAACAACUACAACGAUUGGCGGUAAAGAGAGCAACGCAAAGGAGCUGCGAAAACAAAAAAGGCAAAGAGAAUCAACAAAUAACGGCAAAGCCCCACGCGGAGGAGCGCCAAAAACGAUAAGAAAAAAAGUAAAGCUAAAGCAAAAGCAGAAACAGAAACAACCAUAAAACAACGGAAAAUGCAGAAUAUCAUUAAAGCGCGCAGAUAAAAUAAAAUUUGUCAACCAUUCUUCGAAAGCUCAAUAAAUUGGAAACAAGACUUGAAGAAAGACUAUCGGACGAUCUUCGAAGAAGAAAUAUUGCUGGGAAAAUCUUUAGAGAAAUGAAGGCAGAAAAGUUUAAAAAGAUUUUCAACGGAAGUUAAAAAUGAAUUAGAUGAAUUGAAGAUCUCUGUGCAACUAAAAAAAACACACCAGAAAUACGAAGAAAUCAAAGAAUCAUUACAAAGAAAAUAGAAUUGAAUUUUCACUUAAUAAAAACCCUUAAAAGCUCUUUAGUAAUUUAAAUAUAUAUCAAAUCAAAGAACAACUAAUAGCUAUAGCCUGAAAAAUCAACUUUUACAACAUAGCAAAUUAACUACGGUCGUAUAACAAAUACCUUCUCCGAAGUCAUUGUUGCUUACAACAAACAGACGAUCAAAACAAAAGCGAAGAGGUCACAACUGCUGGAACGCACGCUCCCAGAAUAAUCUAAGAUCGGUCUAUCCAAGGCACUAUCCGCCUAUCCCUGCACGAUUCAGCCACCGCUGGACCCGACGUCGGAUCCCGAGUCCGAGAUGGUGUACUCCACGAACAUCCUGCUGGCGAUCGUGACGAUCCUGACGGGCGUGUUCAUCUGGUCCCGGCGCACCUACGUCUACUGGCAGCGCCGGCGGGUGAAGUUCGUCCAGCCGACCCACCUGCUGGGCAACCUGAGCCGGGUGCUCCGACUGGAGGAGUCCUUUGCGCUCCAGUUGCGCCGCUUCUACUUCGACGAGCGGUUCCGCAACGAGCCCGUCGUGGGUAUCUAUCUGUUCCACCAGCCAGCCCUGCUCAUCCGCGAUCUCCAGCUGGUGCGCACCGUUCUGGUUGAGGAUUUCGUCAGCUUCUCCAACCGUUUCGCCAAGUGCGACGGGCGCAGCGAUAAAAUGGGCGCCUUAUCGCUAUUUUUGGCCAAACAACCCGAGUGGCGCGAGAUCCGCACCCGUUUAGCACCAGCCUUCGCCGGCGCCAAGCUGAAACAGAUGUUCUCGCUGAUGGAGGAGAUCGGCUGCGACUUGGAGUGGUAUCUGAAGCGUCUGACUCGAGAUCUUAGACGCGGCGACGCGGAGCGUGGGGCGAUUGUGAGCAUCAAGGAUGUGUGUGAUCUGUACAACACCGACAUGAUAGCCAGCAUCGCGUUCGGACUGAGAUCGUACAGCCUGCGGAACACGCAAUCGGAGAUCGGCUCACAUUGUCAGGACCUGUUUCGGCCGAAUGUGCGUCGAGUAAUCGACUUGUUUGUGAUCUUUUACCUGCCCAAACUGGUGCCGCUGCUGCGGCCCAAACUUUUCACGGAGCCGCAUGCGGAAUUCCUGCGCCGAGUCAUCCAGCUGGUGAUCGAGGAGCGUGAGCGCGGCGGCGAUCUGCGCAACGAUCUCAUCGAGAUGCUGCUGACGCUCAAAAAGGAGGCGGAUCUGCAGCAGGACAAGUCGCACUUUACGCACCAUCGGGACUUCUUGGCCGCUCAGGCGGCAUCCUUUGAGGUGGCCGGCAUUGAGACCUGCUCGGCGAGCAUGUCCUUCGCCCUCUACGAGUUGGCCAAACAACCCCUGAUGCAGUCGCGCCUGCGCCGCGAAAUACGCGAGGCUUUCGCCGGCAAUCCCAAUGGGAGGCUCACCUACGAGGCCGUCGCCCGCAUGGAGUUCCUCGACAUGGUCGUGGAGGAGACUCUGCGCAAGUAUCCAAUCGUGCCACUCUUGGAGCGAGAGUGCACGCCGAUCAACAAGAAGCGCUUCUACUCGCUGAGGCCACAUGCCGAGUGCUACGCCCGCCGUGGGAUGCCCGUGUUCAUAUCCAAUCUGGCCAUACAUCACGAUCCCAAGUACUGGCCGGACCCGGACCGAUUCGACCCGGAGCGCUUCAGUGCGGCGAACAAGGCGCUGCAGGCGCCCAUGUCCUACAUGCCCUUUGGGGCGGGGCCGCACAAUUGCAUCGGGAUGCAGAUCGGACUGCUGCAGAUCAAGCUGGGCCUCGUUUACUUCUUGCACCGACACCGCGUCGAGAUUUGCGACCGCACCGUGGAGCGGAUUCAAUUCGACGCCAAGUUCGCGCUGCUGGCCAGUGAGCAACGCAUAUACCUCAAGGUCGACUGCUUAUAGCCGCCGAUCCCAUCCAAUAUCAGCAGCAUUACGCUAUGGGUUCCUGAAGGGCGGGAGCAGAGCCCCAUCGUCAUUGUUUUUGUAAAUAUUUCGGCCUGCCUCAAAUAAACUUUGCUACGAUCUUUUUUUUUCUAAUCAUUAA